AUGGCUCCUUCAACUUGCGUUGCACUUAUUGGUACCUGUGAUACGAAAUUGGAAGAGUUGCUUUUUCUACAUGAGAGCAUUCAGCGGAAUGAUGCCAGUGUAGUUGUUAUUGAUGUGGGCCGCAAACCCAUCGACCACGAAGCUAUCGAUAUUACUCAACAGCAACUAUUGAAAGAUUUUGGUAAUGGGGAAAAGGUCAGUGAUCUGCCACGAGGCAAGGUCAUCAAGGCCAUGGCGGGCUGUGCUACAAAAGCCGUUAAGAAGCUUUAUGAGGAAGGCAGAAUUCAUGGAUUGAUCAAUGCAGGUGGCUCGGGUGGUACAUCGCUGGCUGCAGAAGUGAUGAGGAAUGCUCUACCAAUUGGCUUUCCGAAGCUAAUUGUUUCAACCGUAGCGAGCGGUGACACCGGCCCAAUCGUUGGAGAAACGGAUAUCACGAUGAUGUACAGCGUUGUUGACGUGGCUGGUUUAAACCAAGUUCUUCGAAAUGUCCUCAGCAACGCUGGAGCUGCCAUUGCCGGAAUGUCUCGGACAUAUGCAUCGAAGAGUAGGGAUACAGCUCAACUGCAGAAGAAACGUGUUGGCAUCACAAUGUUUGGUGUCACCACCCCAGCUGUGGACGCGAUUCGAAGGCAUUUAGAAGCCAACUACGACAUUGAAACAUAUGUGUUCCAUGCCACAGGGCACGGCGGGAAGGCCAUGGAGCGACUUGUUCGAGAAGGAGGUCUUGACGCAGUGCUCGAUCUUACAACAACAGAGAUAUGCGAUCACCUUACCGGCGGUGUCAUGAGCGCAGGAGAACAUCGCUUAGAAGCUGCUGCAGAGGCUGGAAUACCAACUGUUGUAUCUGUGGGUGCUACAGAUAUGACGAAUUUCGGCCCAAAGAGUACCGUUCCGGAGCGCUACAAAGACCGCAAGCUGUAUGAGCAUAACCCAGUUGUGACGCUGAUGAGGACAUCAGAGAGUGAAGCCAGACAAGUUGGUGAAUUCAUUACGAGUCAGUUGAAGAAACAUGCAAAGGAUCCACAGGCGGUGCAGAUUUGGCUUCCAAAGGGAGGAAUCAGCAUGAUUGCAACACCAGGAGGGCCAUUCGAAGACACGAAAGCCGAUACUGCGCUCUUCAAUGCUAUCAACAAUGGCCUCCAAGGAAGUGGAAUUGAUAUCGUGGAAGACGACCGAGCAAUCAACGACGAAGGAUUCGCGCAUGAUAUCGCCAAGGCUUUGGCUGCAAAGAUGGGUAUUGAGCGUAAAACCACCUGA